AUGGUCACCGGCUUAACAAGUAGCUAUGACAUUUUAUCUAUACGGACUCAAUUCAAAGAUAUUAAGAUAAUACCCUGGACUCAAUUCAAACACAUAAAAGUAGCAUGGACUCAAUUCAAUAUCAUCGGUAAGAAGAGUGAUGGAGGGACGUUCGCAGCAUCGACACUUUUUCAACAUAUACAAUCAAAUACGUUUUUACCACCCGAUAAGGAAUUACCUGGAACUACGAUUAAAUUAUCUCACGUGCUCAUUGGCGAUGAAGCAUAUCCUUUAAAAACGUUUCUCAUGAGACCAUUUCCAAGUCGCAAUUUGAAUGCCUUUAGAGAAAAUUAUAAUAAACGUUUGUCUGCUGUUAGAAAAUGCAUUGAAUGUGCAUUUGGUAUACUGCGUGCCAAAUGGCGAAUACUAGGAAAAGAUAUUGAAGUUACUUCUGACAAAGCUGUACACAUUAUUAAGUGUGCUUGUAUUUUACAUAAUGUGGUGCGCGAAAAAGAUGGAGAUAGUGAUCUCGAUUAUUGUAAAGAAAUGUUAUACAGUAAAGCUCAGGAAAACCAAAUUAAUAAUGUACAUGAAACAGGAAAUCACGGUGGUGCACGCAGAGGGUCAACAAGAGCACAAGAAAUUCGAAAUGAAUUUGCAAAUUUUUUUUUGGAUCAUUAA